CCUGCAUGUGGUGAGUGCCACCAGUGCCCUCUGGGGCCACCUCCUCCAGGAAGGCCUCCCCGACAGCUCUAUUGGCUCCCCCUUCCCAAAUGCCCAACUCCUGCUCUCCGGGUGAUGCACUUCAUAUGCGGGAACCACAGGGGUGGGAGGGCUGUCCCUUUUCCUGUCCCAGGUUCCCUCCCAGGGCCCAGACCUGUGGGGAUAAGGGCAACGGAGGAGUCGUGGGGUCCUUGGUGCAUGGGUGGGAGGGCAGCCUGGUGGGCCGCUGGGGGUGGGAGGCGGGGUUCAGGGCCAGGUUGCUGCUCCAAGUCCCUGAGGCAGCCCCUCCCGCGUUCGCCCUUACCCACCCUGCAGGCAGAGGCAGCUGGGAACCUGGAAGUGGCGGCCCUUCUGCAGAGCCUUCAGGGUGGGCCUGGUGACCAGGCCCUGGGCCCAUAUCCGGGCCUCCACUCCUCCUCGUCAGGAAGUGCUGCCUGGUGUCUAACCUGAAGCUGUCCUGCUGCAGCGUAAGCCAUUCCUUCCUGUUGAGACCUGCUGGAAGAAUGGUAGCAGACCCACCCCUGCGGCUCUGACUGUGCUGUGCGCCCCCCUUCCCCUGCCCCCCUCCUCGCUGCUGGAGCUGCUUCCCAUUCUGUUUCCAGAACCCAGCCUAAAGGUCUUUGUUGGGUAGAGUGGCAAUAAAAUCUCUCCGAGGGCCAUUCCCUCCCUAGAUCCCCAAAGCCCGGCUCCAGUGGGUCUGUCUGGGUCCCAGGACCGUGGGUAUGUGUGUGGGGUGUCAGGCCCCAGGCUGCGGGUCAAAGGGCGGUGUUUUCAGCCCCCUGGGGGUGAGGGAUGCUCCGCCAAUCCUUCCCAAGGCACCGGGAGUGAGUGUGAGUGUGGGCCCCCUGGGCGGGGUGGGCAGGCUGUUCCCCCCCCCCCACUUUCCCACCUCCCUGCCUGCUGCUUAGGCUGUUCCCUCCGCAGACAACCUCUGCCCCAUGUCCUCUCCUCCCAGUCCUCCUCUUGAAGCUUGGAGUCACCUCCUCCAGGCAGCCCCCACCCACAUCUGCUUCUGCUUAACUCUCCUCCCUCGUGGAGACCGUCUCUCUAGUCCUCCUGGUCCCCCCUCGUCCGGUCUUCACAGGGCCUCUGCAGUGUGCUGGCCUCUUGGCCCCGUUCAUUGCAGCCCCUGAUCUGCUGGUAGCGCCGGACCUGCUACCUCUUAUGAGCCAGGCCCAUCCUGGGAGCCUGGGUGGAUGGGAGCGCCCUGCUGGGCGCAGGUGUGGGAUGGGCAGGGCAGGCCCAGGCCUGGUGGGUGUGGCCCUCUGAGGCCAGUGUCAGUGCCUUACCAGAGGCCCCGUUGGGGCUGAAAUCAGGCGUUUGGACCCAUGGCCUGAACCGGAAGCACCAGAAGCAGUCCACAGGGCAUGCCCUUGGGCCUGGGCUGGCCUGAGGCCUCCCGCCCCGCCCCCCGCCCUGCAGGGCAUGAGCCUCCCCGCUCCAGGUCCCCCACCACCUUGGCCCCUCUCUAACUGCCCCCAUAAGGACUGCCUUCAGUCUGUCCGUCUGGCCCCUGAGCUGGGGGCUCAGGAAGCCGCUGGGCCCAGCCUGAGGGCAAGGGUGACCCCAAAGAGCUCUCCCUUGCACUCACCAUGCAGCCUCUCCCAGAGGCGCUGGGCCGGGGGCGGCUCCACCCGCACCCCCGGGCUUCUCAGCCCGGUUCCCAGGCCCGGGCUGGCAGCCUUCCAGAUUUUACCCAGACACGGGUGUGCCUGGGCCUUGCACAAACAGGUGACACCACAUGAGCGUGGUGGGGCCCCAUACCCGGACGACAGCCCAGUGAGCGGGGGCCUGGGGGGAAGAGGGGCCCUGGGGCUCCAGAGCCGGGAGCCCCUGCAGUUGCUGGUGGGUUGGGACCCUCAGAAGGCCAGGGGACGGCAGGACCGUCGGACAAUACCUGGACAACUGGAGAAAACCUUCCGCAUCCCACGGCCAGUACCCACCCCCCCCCCCCCCGUCCUCUGUGGCGCCGGCACACAGCAGCUCACCAGACACAGCCACCCCCUUUGGCUCUGCUUCCGAGGGACGGGGGACAGGAUGGGGCAGAGCCUGUGCUCACGGCCACGCCACACUCAGCGCGUCUCCCAGGCCCUGCGGAGCCCAGAUUGUGAGAGCUGCGGUGCCUCAAGUUACCCCGCAUGGGCCCUCCCUCCCAGAAAGCCUGCCAGUGGAGAAGUGCCCACUGGAGCCCGGUGUCCCAGGGGGAGAGCACUCGCUGCACUGGCUUUUCCCCAAGUGGGUCAUCGAGGGCAGGGGAGAGGCUUCUGCCAGCGGGGCAGAUGCGGGGAGCUCCCCUCCAGGCCCCCUGUUCUCAGGCCCCUCCACACACUUGGGGGAUGCAGAGCCCUACAGUGAGCGGAUCCUGGACUGGGCAGGUGUCCCAGAAAGCUCUGGAAAGUCUCAGGCAUCUGUCUGGAAAGUUCCCCAGGGCCAUUCCUCAGAGAAUGGCCAAGUCGCAGCAGGGGAGUAAAGGGCCGCCCUCCUCGCCCCGAGCGCCGCGCGACGGGGGGUAGCCCCGCGGAUGACAAAGUUGAAGGGUCACCUGCCGGGCGCUGGCUUCCAUCCCGCGCCGCCCCCGAAUGGGCACCAGCCCAUCUUCCUUCCCGCUUGACAGCUGAAGACACUAAGGCCCGGGCCUGUGCUGGGGGUCCCAGGCAGGCACGUGGCAGAGCUGGGCUACCAGCCCGCCUGGCACUGCACCGGCCCCCUCACCGCUUGAAGGUGGUGCCACCGGGAGAGGUGGCACCUGCCGGGCUGGUGGGAGACGCGGGAGUGAGGCGAGGCUCGGCGAGGGCAGGGUACGCGUGCAAGGCGCCCGGAGCCCCUCGGGGUCUCGGAGAGGCCGGAGCUGUGUGGCUCGCACCCGGUGAUUUCACUUGGGGUGGCGCUCCGGCUCCCAAGGGCCCAUCUCCUGUCGCUGGGAUCCCAGGGUUAUCGCUGGGAAACAUCUCUCAUUUAGGCCGUUAUCCAGGUUUACCCAGUGUCUUCCGUCCUAAGAUCAGAUUUCUCAGUCAGGGCCGCCCUCACCCCAGCUACGGGUCACACCUCAAUACCUCCUGCUGCGAGGGGGGGCCCCAGGCGCUGGUACUGGUCACCUCUUCCUCUCCACUCUUACCAGUCCCCCGUGGCGCCAGCGACAGUGGCAGCGUGGAGGGAGGGGUCUGCCCCGACUGGGCUGCACCGGGGCCGAGAACAGGGGACAGGAGAGGUGGGGUCUUUCCGUC